AUGGAGGAUACCAAAACACAGAGAGAAACAUAUAUGCAGCCUGAAAGUUCACAAAGUUCUUUACAUCAGGCAGUUGAAGCAUCAGAACAAAAGGAAAGAGUGCAAGCCGAAAGAACCAGGAUGUCUGCAGAAGAUCAGAGACAGGAAAGGCUUCCAAAGGAAAGAGCUAGGUCUGCUACUCACAGAGAAACUGAGGUUCUUGAGCAAAGACAGAAAAGACUUCAGGCUGCUAGAGCUAAGAGGACUGCUAUCAGGAUAUUUGAGCUAACAGAGCUGGGUCUGCUGCUAGACUCAUGUGGAAAGAGACAAAAACUAGAAACUAAUACAGCUAAGUCUGCUGUAAGCAGGGUAGGAGGGACUCCUGAGCAAAGAGAUGAAAGACCAGAAGCUAACAGAAACCAGAAUGCUGCUCACAGAUCAACUGAAACUCCUGAACAAAGGCAAGAAAGGUAG